AUGAGUGGAACGCUGCUUGAGCAGCGAAAGGCGAAAGCCGGGACACCCAAGCGGCGACUAAAUUAUGGAUUUGAUGGUGCAGCGGCGGUGAGGCGACUUCACUUUCGGUGUAAAUACGUGACAGUCGGGAGCGAAAGGGUUGCAGAGCAGCUUGACCGGAAGGGUGUCGGUCACUUGUGCAGGAGGGAAGUCAGCAAAGUAUCUGAGUGA